UUGGGUGGCCAUAAGCUUAAAUACCCCUUUUGAGCUCACACACCAACACCACUCACUCUUUGAGUCUUUCUUUCAAGACAGUGGAGAGAGAAUCUCAUCAAUUGAAUUAUGGUGAGACAUCAUCAUCAUCAUCAGAGAGAGGUUUCUUCCUCAUCCACAACAUGUAUGGAGGAUGAUGAAAUGAAUCACAUGAAGCCUGCAUGGCUACAAGGUUUGAUGGGGGAGACAUUCUUUGGUGGUUGUGGGGUCCAUGAGAACCGCAGGAAGAGCGAGAAGAACGUCUUCUGUUUGCACUGCUGCCUCUCUAUUUGCCCACACUGCCUUCAUUCUCAUCGCUCCCAUCCUCUACUUCAGGUUAGAAGAUAUGUCUACCAUGAUGUAGUUAGAUUGGGAGAUCUUGAGAAGCUCAUUGACUGUUCCUAUAUUCAGCCCUACUCCAAUAACGGUGCCAAAGUUAUAUUCCUGAAUCAGAGGCCACAGUCAAGGCCACUGUCCCGGACUAAUUGCAACAAAGGCUUUGCCGCCAAUAUCUGUUUCACUUGUGACAGGAUUCUUCAAGAGCCCUUUCGCUUUUGUUCGCUCUCAUGCAAGGUCAAUCACUUGGUGCUCCAAGAGGAAGAUUUAUCCGGGAUACUCUACCGGUUUGAUGAAUCUGACUUCACAAUUUCUCAAUUCGAGGGGCUGCGGAUGGAUGGCUCGGAGGUGAUCGAUGACGAUGGCCAAAUGAUGGCUAGCUCUAUCGUAGGGGAUCCUGAAAUGCAGUGGAGAGGCUCAUCAUGCUCCAACAACAGCGACUCGGUAAUGUCACGUGAACCAGAGGUCGUCGUCAAGAGGAAGAAGAAAGGGAUCAUCCCAGGGAUCAUGCUCUCUCUCAGCAGCAGGAGAAAGGGGGCUCCUCAGAGGGCUCCUCUUUCUUAGUGACCGGCCAAACUAUCAACUAUGCAUGAAUAAUAAAAAAUGGUCGUAGGGCUUCAAUUAUCGACACCAGCCUAUGAAAUAUGUUAUUAACUAGGUACUAAUACAAAGGGCUGGUCUAGAUCCACGGUUAAUAACUUAAUAUAGCUUAAAUUUCUGUGUAAUGUAUUGUUUGUAUUAGUGAGUGUUAAUUACGGGGUAAUGUGCAUGGGAGCAUUUCCAUUGCUGGCUUUAGGUGGCUGCUGAGAGCUAGUAUAUUAUCUUAUUAUCUGAAGGGUUUAUAGGCUCUCAGCGCUACCAAUUUUGUUUUGUAUGUAAAGCUAAGACGAUGGACCUUUGCUGGUAUAUAUGCUUUA